AUGUAUCGCUGCUAUAGAUACUGGUUGCCGAUAUGGUUGCUGUCUGUCGUUGCACAUGGAUUCAAGUUGCCCUUUGGUAGGCCAAAGACGCACAAUGCUACAACAGAAACAGAAACAGAAACAGAAACAGCCACUGAAAAGUACGCGCUGCUAGUCGAUUGGAUGCGAUCCAAUGGAGGGCGAGUGGAUGAACGGUUUGGGCUGAUGACUAGGUCUAAUGAUAACCUGGAGGGAGCGACUGGGCGCGGUGUGGUGGCUCUACAGGACAUUGCCGUUGGAACGGAGCUUCUGUUUUGCCCGUGGGAUCUGGUUUUUGGAACAGUCGGUGACACGGCCAAGGUUCCUCCCGAAACAGACCCAUGCGACACAUUGAAUGCCUACGCAGAUCACGUGAGGGCCGGCAAGGACAGUUUCUGGUAUCCCUACUUGUCCAUGGACGACAGCCUGGACACUCGCAUUCCCACAAUUUGGAACUCCGCCCUCACAGAGCUGCAGGGUCUGUUGCCAGACGCGGCCCAAGGAAGCAGCAUGGCCACCUGGUUUUCAAACAGCUGUGCAGGAGGCACACCGUUCGAUCAGCUCGAUCCUGCAGCACGUCAAUCACUCCUUGCUGCCAUCACCCGCUCGGCGGGCAUGAGAUUUCUGCCUGUGUUUGACCUAAUGAACCACCACAAUGGAUUGUUGAAUACCCGUUCCAACGCGGCCGUCGAUGGGAACAGUGUCUUUGCAGCAGUGGAUAUUCCAAAAGGAUCAGAGAUAUUCAACUCCUACAAAGGAGGAUUGGCAACGUCGUCCGAUAUCUUUCGUCGCUAUGGGUUUGUCGAGUCUUGGCCCCAACAGUGGACUUGGACAGAUACAGAUGCGAUAGCAACAAGUGCGACCACAACAGAGGCCAAAGAGGAACGAUUUCUCUUGCUACCUGACAAUGUCGUUGUCAUUUACCCACCCGCAUCCAUGACCGAUCAAAUUGGCGUCACAGCUCCUUUACCACUUGCCAAUUGGCAGGCCGAUUCCAAGUUGCACAAUCUACAAUUGGGGGCUGACAAGCUAGCAGGAUUUGCAGAGUCCGCCAAACGUCUUUUGGAGUCUCUUCCCAGUACUGCCGAGGAAGACACUCUCCUUCUGGAACAACUUGAAGUGUUGGCAACGCAACGAGGACUGGUAUCUUCGUCUGAUCCGAGUAGCGAUCGUGAUGCUAUACUGCUCAGUGACAGGAUGAGUGCUAUUGCCUACCGAAUCAAGUUCAAAGACGCUGUCCAAACCGCCUUGGAUGUGGCUAUAGAUACUAGGAUUGCACACCACCAAGACAUCCCCGAAUUGAAGUCAGAGUUAUGA